AUGCGCCAGGUAGUAGGCGGGUGGUAUCCCAAGGUGCAACUCACCGCCGCGCUGGCUCAGCGUGGCGGUGAGGGUGCACAGACGGUGGUAGUGGCGAGGGUGUGUAUCGAGGCUGUUCCCGCGGCAGUAAUGCAAAGCGGCAAACUGCACCUGGCAACCACCGUCGCGGAAAGCGUGGCCCACGAAGCUGGAGGAGUAGAGAGAUUCGUAAACCACGUCAGUAAGCACCACUCGCGGGAGAAGGGAGACAACCGCGGGCACCGCGGGGAGGGAGUGCUGCACCCUCCUCGUCAAAACACCACAGGCAAGAACCGAGCUCUGCAGAGAUGGAUUGAUGCGAGGAAACUCGCCGCUCGGAAAAGACGGAAGAAAGCACACCCGCAACGCGAGGUGGACCGAGAGAGACACGAGACCGCAGCGGCCGUCAAGGCAGCUGCGAAGAAGAAGGCACGAGAGGGCGACCUAUCGUUCGGCACGUUCAGCGUACGCACCCUCGUCUACAGCGGUAGGAACCCUAUCGGUCACAACGUGAUGAAGGUCAUGCAGAUUUCAUCCGCGACCGGCUGUGAUGUGAUAGGACUUCAGGAGACCCGACGAGAGGGGCAAGGUUCAAUUGCACACGACGGGUACGUGAUCAUCUGGAGUGGCGCCCGUGCUGGCACCAAGGACAAGAGGGGCGAACAAGGUGUGGGCAUAGCGAUCAAAGAGGCCAUGUGGGAGACUGUGGGCGAGGAAGGUAGAAAGGUCGAGUGCAUUAGCCCGAGGCUGAUGAAGGUGCGUCUACAAAUUGGCCGCACCUGCGGAGUAACUUUCGUGGUGGGGUACGCCCCCACGGAAACUGUCCGCAUCACCGCGGGCGGUGAUGUUAACGCCAAGGACUCCUUCUGGACUGCUCUCGACGCAGCGAUCCGGGAGGUUCACAGCCGUGACCAUCUCGUGGUGCUUAUGGACGCCAACGCACGCACUGGUAGGAGGCGAGACGGGUGCUGCGAUGCCAAGAUUAUGGGCGCGUACGGACGCGACAUUAUGAACAACAACGGGGAACGACUCCUUGGACUGGCGUCAGACAACCAACUCUCCCUGACCAACACCUACUUCCGGACACCGAAAGGUGGAGUGCAGCACACAUUCCAGUGCUCCAACAAGGGGAAGGAGAAGUACCGCCUAGACUUCAUCCUCAUGCGUCAGACGGACCGGCGUUUCGUGCGCAAUGUCUCCGUCAAACGUGUCGACUUCAAAGACUCUGACCACAACCUCGUGCUUACGACCGUCCGCCUCCGCCCCCGUGUCGCACCCAACCGACGAGUGCGGGGGAACAACAGAAGCAGCCGGAUCCGUAUCGACCUCGAGCGGUUGAGGAAGGACAAACACCUACGGGUCGCCUUCCAAAACAGGGCCUCCAGCCGCCCUCCGCCCACGGCGCUCAGGCGGCCAACGGGAGAGACCGCCGCCGAGCUGACGGCUACGCACGAGAUCUCUGAAGCGUCGAAGGAGAUUAAGGCGGCCCAGCAGCAACUGCGCGGGGCCUCAAAGAACAGCGCCUGCGAGGCGACCCUGAAGGCGAUGCUCAAGGCGGCGCGGAAGAAGCGCAGCAUCGCGAGGUGGAGAGCACUGGAAACGUUCUUCGAGGGCUAUGUACGGCAGCUCGAGAAGAAGAGCCGCGAGGGGGAUCAGGCGGGUUUCUACAGGCACCUGAAGAUGAUCGACGUCGAAGGUAAGAGGUCGUUCACCUCUCAGAACAUCAAGGACGAGGACGGCAAGGUCCUUCGGGACCCGACGUUUAUUCGCCAACGGUGGGCACGGUGGUUCCACAAGCUUCUCAACACCAAGUCGCCGACCAUCGACCUGCAUGCGGCUGACAAGGUCAAGCGGUGGCCCACGUGCGUGCCACUCGACGACAUCCCAUCUCUACUUGAGGUUGAGGAAGCGGUACGGGAAAUGGCCAACAGAAAGGCCGUCGGGCCGGACGACCUACCGGCUGAGCUGAUCAAGCUUUUCCUGGACGGAGAUCAAGGUCUCCUCCGCGAAUUCCACGCCAUUGUCGUGGACGUGUGGCAGACUGGGGACGUACCACAGCAGUGGAAGGAUGCCACCAUCAAAGUGCUGUUCAAGAAAGGGGACACGAUGGAGUGCGGCAACUACCGGGGCAUCUCGCUCGUCGCACACGCCGGCAAGAGCGGUUUCCGCCCACACCGGUCGACGCUCGACAUGCUGUUCGCCAUCCAGCGGCUCCAUGAGCUCGUGAGGAAGAAGAGCACUGCGGUGUUCGCGUGCUUCGUCGACCUCACCAAGGCAUACGAUUCGGUGGACCGAGACCUACUGUGGGACGUGCUCCGACGCUUCGGCGUGCCCCCGAAGAUGCUGGCGGUCAUUCGCCACUUCCACGAGGGCAUUGGGGCGUGCGUCCGAACGGACGACGGGCAGUACUCGGAAUGGUCCGACGUGGGCCAAGGCCUCCGACAGGGAUGCAACCUGGUCCCGCUGCUGUUCAACUCCUUCUUUGCCGCGAUGCUCAUGAUCGCCGUGGCCGAGUUCGACAAGGACCCCAAGGUGACGGCGGACAUGGUCAAGAUCGGGACACAAGUGGAGUACACGGGCAAGAAGGGCAGGUCGGCGGAGAAGAAGAGGACGGUGGUGAUGAGCGUGCAUUACUAG